AUGACGAUCCCAGAUGAGUUCGAUAUCAUCGUCUGUGGUGGUGGAAGCACCGGUUGUGUGAUUGCUGGCAGACUUGCAAAUCUCGACCACAAUCUCCAAGUUCUCCUCAUUGAAGCUGGAGAGAGUAAUCUCAACAAUCCAUGGGUAUUUCGACCUGGAAUCUACCCCAAAAACAUGAAACUCGACAGUAAGACAGCAUCAUUCUACUAUUCUCGACCUUCAGAAUGGCUCGCCGGUCGCAAAGCUGUUGUCCCAUGUGCACAUAUACUCGGCGGAGGGUCCUCUAUAAACUUCAUGAUGUACACACGGGCGUCUGCUUCCGACUAUGACGACUUCCAAGCCAAGGGAUGGUCUACGAAAGAACUCAUUCCUUUGAUGAGAAAACAUGAAACAUACCAGCGGGCAUGCAACAACAGGAACCUUCACGGCUUUGAUGGACCCAUUAAAGUAUCGUUUGGAAACUACACCUAUCCAAUUACUCACGACUUUCUACGUGCUGCCGAAUCUCAAGGCAUCCCAACAACUGAUGACUUACAAGACCUGGUCACUGCACAUGGUGCCGAACACUGGCUGAAGUGGAUUAACCGAGAUACAGGUCGACGUAGCGACGCUGCCCAUGCCUACAUUCAUUCCACUAGAUCCGUACACUCAAACCUUCACCUUAUGUGUAACACCAAAGUAGAUAAGAUUAUCAUCGAGAAUGGUCGAGCUGUCGGUGUUAAAACAGUGCCAACAAAGCCUCUCCACCCAAAUCAACGUUCACGCACUUUCCGUGCACGAGAGCAAAUUGUUGUAUCAGGUGGCACGCUUUCAUCACCCUUGAUUCUGCAAAGAAGUGGUGUCGGAGACCCAAAGAAAUUGGAAAAGGUUGGUGUCAAGCCGGUUGUUGAUCUACCUGGUGUUGGUCAGAACUUCCAGGAUCAUUAUUUGACAUUCUCUGUCUACCGUGCUAAGCCCGGAACCGAAAGUUUUGAUGAUUUUGCCAGAGGUGUCCCGGAAGUUCAAAAGGCAGUGUUUGAUGAGUGGAAUCUCAAGGGUACUGGCCCACUUGCGACGAACGGUAUUGAUGCCGGUGUCAAAAUUCGCCCAACUGAGGAGGAAUUAAAAGAGAUGGACAGUUGGCCAACACCUCAUUUCAGAUCGGGUUGGGACAGCUACUUCAAGAACAAGCCUGACAAGCCAGUUAUGCAUUACUCGAUCAUCUCUGGCUGGUUUGGUGAUCACAUGUUGAUGCCACCUGGAAACUUUUUUACCAUGUUCCACUUCCUCGAAUAUCCAUUCUCUCGUGGUGAAACUCACAUCGUUUCUCCUGAUCCAUACGAGGCACCGGACUUUGAUGCUGGCUUCAUGAAUGAUGAAAGAGAUAUGGCACCAAUGGUUUGGGGUUACAUCAAAUCUCGUGAAACUGCCCGUCGUAUGGACGCUUAUGCAGGAGAAGUACAGAAUAUGCAUCCAUUCUACGCAUAUGACUCACCAGCUAGGGCCAAAGACAUGGACUUGUUGACAACUAAGUCGUAUGCUCUCCCAGGCAAUAUUACCGCGGGUAUUCAACAUGGUUCUUGGGCAAUGCCUGUGGAACCAGGAAAGCCACCACAAAUUUCAUACCUCAACAGCAAUCAACGAGAUCUACAGGAGGAUCUCAAGUACAGCACUAAAGAUAUUGAGCAUAUCGAAGAAUGGGUAAAGAGACAUGUAGAGACUACUUGGCAUUCUCUCGGUACAUGUUCUAUGGCCCCCCGCGAAGGAAACUCCAUUGUAAAACAUGGUGUUCUUGAUGAACGUCUGAAUGUCCAUGGUGUCAAGGGUCUUAAGGUCGCAGAUCUUUCUAUCUGCCCCGAUAAUGUUGGAUGCAACACCUUCUCAACUGCUCUUCUCAUCGGCGAGAAAUGCUCUAUGCUAGUCGCCGAAGAUCUCGGUUAUAGUGGUAAGGCACUCGACAUGAAAGUACCUAACUACCAUGCUCCGGGUGAGCUGAGUGCUAUUGCUACUUCUCGUCUUUAA